AGUAAUUAAGGACGCCAACUUUGCUCCUCGUUGAAUGACGACUGUUUCCUCCAAACAAAAUCGGAAACAGAAGGACCUGGCAUUUUGUAAAGACUGAAAUUUUAGGCAGACGCAGAAGACAGCAGCACAUUAUUACUCAGAUUUCGGCUGAGUGACUCGUUGAGAUGGACGUAAUGAGACAGGUCCAUGCAGGCUGGGAGAAGGAGGCCGGAGCACAGCCGUAAACAAGGUGAAAAACAAUCAGGAUUCAUGUGACCUCAGUUGUUAUUUUGAUUAUUCACGUGACUCGACUUUUUUUCUCCCAGCAAACUUCCUCCGGCCUGACCGCCCCACCAGCCGCAGUCACCAUGAACUACCUUCGUCGGCGCCUGUCAGACAGCAGCUUUGUGGCCAACCUCCCCAACGGCUACAUGAUGGACCUGCAGAGGCCCACCCCGCCAGGUUCCUCCACCUCCUCCCCGGCCUCCCCUGCCACCGAGCGACGGCAACCCCCGAGCGUCCCGCCCCCAGCACCUGCUCAGAGUUCGGCUCCGGGUUCCGCCGGUGCCGGCAGUUUCCUCAGCUCAUUCUCCAGCGUGGUGAAGAGUGCUCAGAUGGCGCAGAAUGUCGCUGCUGCCGCACACGCCAAGUCGGCGGCGGCGUCAGCUGCCGCGACUACCGAAGGUGCCCCGACUGGAAGCGGUCAACCUCCUAAACCUGUCGUCCGCAAACCCAAGAUCUUGCUUGUUAUUGAUGAUCAACACACAGACUGGGCCAAGUACUUCCGGGGCAAGAAGCUGAACGGGGAGUACGAAAUCCGCGUGGAACAGGCAGAGUUCUCCGAGAUCAAUCUGGCCUCCUAUGUCAUUUCAGGAUGCAUGGUGGACAUGCAAGUCAACAAGGCGGGCACCAAAAUGGUCCGGUCCUUCAAACCUGACUUCGUCCUGAUUCGUCAGCACGCCUACAGCAUGGUCCCGGGAGAGGAUUUCAGGAACCUCGUCAUCGGCUUGCAUUUUGGCGGCGUGCCGAGUAUCAACUCCCUCUCCUCCAUCUACAACUUCUGCAGCAAGCCUUGGGUGUUCUCGCAAAUGAUAAAGAUCUACCACUCCCUCGGUGCAGAGAAAUUCCCUCUGAACGAACAAACCUUCUAUGCCAACCACAUGCAGAUGCUUACAAGCCCUUCCUAUCCUGUGGUGGUGAAGAUGGGCCAUGCCCACUCCGGCAUGGGAAAGAUCAAAGUGGAAAACCAACAGGACUUCCAGGACAUCACCAGCGUGGUCGCGCUGGCCGGGACUUACGCCACUACCGAGCCAUACGUGCAGUCCAAAUAUGACAUUCGCAUUCAGAAGAUCGGAAACAACUACAAGGCUUACAUGAGAACCUCCAUUUCAGGGAACUGGAAGGCGAACACAGGGUCAGCCAUGUUGGAACAGAUUGCCAUGACUGACAGAUACCGACUGUGGGUGGACUCUUGCGCCGAGAUGUUCGGCGGCCUCGACAUAUGCGCGGUGAAGGCUGUCCACGGAAAAGAUGGCAACGACUACAUCAUUGAGGUGAUGGACAGCUCCAUGCCACUCAUUGGGGAACACCUUGAGGAGGAUAAGCAGCUGAUUACAGAGCUGGUGCUGCACAAAAUGGCGCUGGUGCUGCUAGGCGUUUCUACACCACCACCUUCUUCCGUCAAGACUACACAACCAAGACGAGUGGGUCACCGCUCUGGCUCUGCUUCACCGUCCCAGUCGGCCCAAGGUUCGCCCCAGCGGGCCCGCUCGGCCACCACCUCGCCCAGCCAGUCCUUCCAGCCGGGGCCCAUCCCGGACGCUCAGAAACAAUCGCCGCAACUCAACAAAUCGCAGUCGCUGACCAACACCUUCACAGAGACUUUGCGCGGCAACGUGACCGACGACGAGGCCAAAGCGGAGACUAUCCGCAGUCUCCGGCAGUCCUUCGCCAGCCUCUUCUCUGACUGAGCAUCUCCUCCUUCUUCCUGCUUCCUGUCAAUCUGUGGGGAGGUCCAUCUUCCAGCUUCAUCUUCCACUGCUUUGUCAUCUUCUGUCACUUGGUGGCUUUCACGACGAGAAAGGCUGAAUGAGGCUGUAUCACCAGUCUUCCUGAAAGCAAAGCAAUCUUUUCCCUUUCUCUGCCUUUUAUGUUUUCCCUUUUCCUGAUUUAACGCUCACAUCGCACAACUACGAGGACUGGCAGCGCAUGAGCAAUGAGCAUUCUUUUAUAUAUAUAUAUAUAUAUAUAUAUAUAUAUAUAUACACACUGGUAUGAAAAAGUAUCUGAACCUUUUGGAAUUUCUCACAUUUCUGCAUAAAAUCACCAUCAAAUGUGAUCUGAUCUUUGUCAAAACCACACAGAUGAAACAACUGUCUGCUUUAAGUAAAACACCCCAAACAUUUACCGGUUUUCAUAUUUUAAUAUGGAUAGCAUGCAAACAAUGACAGAAGUCAGUGAAACCUCUGCCUAAGGACACUUAGAGAUUAAUUGAAACCAAUUUUUACCAAACAAUUUAAGUCAGGUGUGUGCCCAAUCACUGAUGCGUGGUUUAAAGCUUCCCUGCCCACUAUAAAACACACACAUGGUAAGAAUUGUGUUGAUGAGAAGCAUUGUCUGAUGCGCAUCAUCGCUCGGUCAAAAGAGCUGUCUGAAGACCUGCGAUCAAGGAUUGUUGAUUUUUGUAAAGCUGGGAAGGAAUACAAAAACUUAUCUAAUAGUCUGGAUGUUCAUCAAUCAACAGUCAGAGAAGUUGUCUACAAAUGCAGAAAGUUUGGCAUCGUUACUUCUUUCCCAAGGAGUGCCCGUCCACCAAAGAUGACGCCAGGAGUUCAGCGCAGAAUACUCAGAGAGGUAAAAAAGAACCGGAGUGUCUGCUAAAGACUUACAGAAAUCCCCGGCAUAGUCCCAAUAUCUCUCUGCACACAUCAACUAUAUGUAAAACUAUGGCCAAGAAUGGUGUUCAUGGGAGGACUUCACAGAUGAAGCCACUGCUGUCUUAAAAUAAAACAUUGUUGCUGGUUUAAUGUUCGCAAAAAGGCACUUGGACACUCCACAGAAGUUUUGGCAAAAUAUUUUGUUCUGAUGAAACCAAAGUUGAAUUGUUUGGGAGUAACACACAACGUCACGUGUGGAGGAAAAAUGGAGCAGCUCACCAACAUCAACAUUUCAUCCUCAUCGUGAAGCAUGAUGGAGGGAGCAUCAUGAUUUGAGGCUGUUUUGCUGCCUCAGGGCCUGGACAACUUACAAUCAUUAAUGGAAGAAUGAAUUCAAAAGUUUAUCAGGAUGUUUUGCAGGACAACACGAGGCUGUCUGUCAGACGGUUGAAGCCAAAAAGAGGAUGAAUGCUGCAACAAGACAAUGAUCCCAAAAAACAGAAGUAAAUCAACUUCAGAAUGGUUUCAGAAGAACAAAAUACACGUUCUGGAGUGGCCAAGUCAAAGUCCAGACUUGAACCCCAUUGAGAUGCUAUGAGCUAAAGACAGCGAUUCAUGCCAGGCAUCCCAGUCAUCUGACUGAACUAGAGAAGUUUUGUAGAGAGAAGAAUGAGCCAAGAUUAGUCCUGAUCAGUGUUGGGAAUAACGCCGUUAUAAAUAACGCCGUUACAUAACAUUUUUCAGUAACGGGGUAAUCUAAUUAUUUUUUCCGCCGUUACCGUUACCGACGGUCGAAAGCGGUGCGUUACUUUGAAUAAAUUCAAGAAACUACCAGCCGUAGCAAGUCUACUCUGCUCUUUUUGUCAUCCAAGACUUUGGGUGCGUUCAAGUUCAUGGCAAUGAAAAUAGUGAACACACAUAGCCUACCUUUGCAAGAACGAUGGAGUUGCCGUUUGAUACGGUCAUAAUGUGCAGGUCCUGCACCCAUCCGCAGCAAAACUGUUCGUAGCUUAUAGCGAUUUGUAAUUUCGGAAUCGCUGAUGAGUUUAGUAACAUACACCAAACAAUAAAUACAGCAGAAUGUCCAUUUCGCGUAAUUGUGGAAGCCCGUCGACAUCAUUACACCAUUUGUCUUCGGCUUGCUCGUAAGGGCCAACAAUGUUCACAUCCUUAAGUUUGAUCAAAUAUCUGUUCUUCGCCUAAAUAACGAGUUUGUCUCUGGCAAGUUAAAGUUUAAUGUCCCGCGAGCCAGACCUGCUUCCAAUAUGGCUGCGUUGUUGUCAAAUCUCACGUGAGCCUCCAUUCUGUGAUGAAAACGCUCGAGCCUAAUGACGUUAACGCUCGAGCCUAAUAGCGCACGUACUUCAGAGCCAGUUGUUUAUAUGUGAAUUGUAUAUUUGUAUUUGUUGUUAAUAAUUUUUUUUUUUUUUUUUUUUUUAACAAACUUCAGAGCAGGUGUUUUCACACACAAACCGGUACAGCACGUGCGGCAAACGCACACACGCAAAACAGAUGCAGAGGGAUAUGAUGGCAGAGCAUUCAGAGGAAAAUUUGUCCUUUACGAGGUGGAGAUAUAAACACUAUUUCAAAUUGGUCGAAAUUAAAGGAAAGAACGUGCAUGUAAAGUGUAAUUUAUGUUCCGGGGCAAAGCUUUUGUUGACAUCUGUGGUAAGCAAUUCCAAUCUGUUUAUUUUUGUUGCACUUCAAGUGUAGGAUAAAUCUGUUGUGUGGUGAGGUCCAAUAGAUAUUACAAGGUUCUAUAACACAACUACCUGUGUGUUCUUCUCUAUUCAACUGACUCGAAUACUGCUCAGAAAAUUUCAAAUUCUUUGACAUACAACAACUUUUUAAAGUAACGGAAAUAGUUACUUUCCCUGGUAACUAGUUACCUUUACUAUAGAGUAAGUCAGUUACUAACUCAGUUACGUUUUGGAAGAAGUAGUGAGUAACUAUAAUUACUUUUUUAAAAUGUGCCCAACACUGGUCCUGAUCGAUGUGCCAGACUGAUCUGCAGAUACAGGAAGCAUCUCGUUGAAGUUAUUGCUACCAAAGGGGUGCCACAAAAUAUUAAAUGUGAUGGUUCACCCCCCCCCCCCCCGUUCUGUCAUUUUUUUUUUGCAUACUAUAGUCAUUAAAAUAUGAAAACCUAAAAAUGUUUGGGUGGUUUUAGUUAAUGCAGACAGUUUUUUCAUCAGAUCAGAUCACAUUUGAUGAUUUUAUGCAGAAAUGUGAGAAAUUUCAAAAGGUUCAGAUACUUUCUAUAUAUCUAUAAUGUUUUUUUUUUUUUUUUUUAUCCAGUUCAUUCGUUGCUAGGCCCUCCUCGUUCAGAUUAGACGUCCAUCAAAGUCAAUGUCAAUUUUUUUUAUAGGGCAUGAUAGUAAUAUUAAAAAAAAAAAAAAAAAAAAAAAAUUAAAUACACUAAAUUAUUAUAUAAUUUUAUUAUGGUUUUAAUUAUUGUGCGUGUGUGUGUUUUUUUUUUUUUUUUUUUUAUGAACAGUGGUACCUCCACUUAGGAAAUUAGUUGGUUCUGGAAGUAGUUUCUUCACCUGAAAAUUAUGUAGAGACUCGUUUUCCGUGUAAAUGUCCUAAUCCUUUCCAGAAUAAAAGUUAAUACGCUCAGGUAAAGCUGUCGGAACAUGAGGGGCGAAUGAAGAGGACGCUGGAAUACACACAAAUAUACAGUAGAGGUCCCUCUUAGCCAAUUGGAUGCCAGGAAGUUGCUAGGCAAUAGCCAAUGUCUGAGCAGCUUUGAGUAUGUUACGUUCAGUAAAAUCCAUUUUUGUCUUUCUUAUCCUGAAAUCUUGCUUAACAAGAGGCAAUAUUUUUCCAUUUGAAACGUUUCUUAACCUGAAAUUUCUGUAUGUAGAGACGUUCUAAAAGGGCUUCUGAAGUGGAUUUGCCCUCGUAUAUCAACAGAAUUGCAUCAAAUUUUAGAAUUGGAAAAGCCAGUAAGGGUCUACGUACAUCUUUAUAAAACCAAGACUGUAUUGUUGUAGGUUUUCAAAGCUGUCGUCGCUGAAAUGAUGAAAACAAAGAACCGAUCGAGGAGCCGGGGAGUUCUUUUGCCUCACUCUCACAAAAGGAGUCCAAAUCUUUGCAGAAGUUUUUUUCGAGCCACUUAUAGUCUCAAGCCUUCGUGUGAGCAAUUCAUCGCUACAUAUCGGGAUGGCAUGACAAAUCUCGCAAGUAAAAUCCAGAAAAUGUUUGCAAUAUAUGGCGAGGAUAGCGUGGUGCUUUAUUUUCGUAUUUGUGCUGGCAGGGUCCUCAGGAAUUGAUGUCAUCAGUUAGCAGCUGGCAACGAGGCACAUCCCUCGUUGCUAAGGUGUUGCUAUGGCAGUAACUAAAAAACUACGCAGUUAAUUCCAUUUAAUUUUUUUUUAUAUAAGUUUUGAGACAGCGAAUCAUGCAUUUGUUACAAUUCAACAGACAAAAACGCUCAAGGACGAAAAGCUCUUCAGCUGCCUUUUAAGUAGAGGUACCACUGUACUAAUUAUGAAUUAAUAAACUAAAUUGCAUAGAGAAAUUGCAUGGAGAUUCUUUAAUCUGCUAGGCUGUAAACUCCCCCUUGAUUUUAAGGCAUUUACUGUUCCUGUUGAAUUUGGGCCGCUUUCUGGAAACUUAUGUUCAAUUCAAGUCACAUGAUUGUGAGGCAUUCCCAUAAGAUAUAACCCCCUCAAUCACACUAUAAAUUGGAUUUAUUUUUCAAUUUCAUGGCAUUUAGUCAAUGAGUGCCCUAUAAAUAGUUAACCAUCUUUAAUCCUUCACUGUUGUCUCUCUGAUCUCACCUUGCUCAGCCUUUCAAGUGGUGACGCCUUCCAAGAAUCUCGCUGCUUCUGCUCGAUAUUUAAUAAUUUGUCAGUGUUUGCGCGCUUAUGUUUGAAAUGUCGAAUCGUCAUGGCAAUAUGUGCCAUCAAUCCAGUCAACAACAAAAAAAUCAACAGUGUUCACCCAUAGACUUCAUAAUGUAUUGACGGGAUGCGGGGCAGAUAAAUAGGGGGCCUGCAUUGUUGGCGAGGCUGUCAAAGCUGACCGAGUGGAAUCGCAGACAAAGGGCUUUUUUCAUUGAAAAUUCUUGUGAAUAAAUGCUUAAAUCCCUAAAUUCUUUAUAGAUAUGGACGUAAGACAGUCUCGAUUCUUGGUUGAAAGCAAAAAAAACGUGCAGUUCGCAUUUAUUUUACAUAAAUAUGUCGAAGUCCAAUGCUCGUCUGUUAGUGAAUGCAGCUAAUGUCCGCCUUAUGUAAACAGCUUUUCCGGUGAAAAUUCUUGUGAAAAAUGCUUAAAUCCCCGAAUUCUUUAUAUACCGUGUUUUUCGGACUAUAAGUCGCAUUUGAGAAUAAGUCGCACCAGCCAUAAAAUGCCCAACGAAGAGGAAAAAAACAUAUAGAAGUCGCACCGGAGUAUAAGUCGCAUUUUUGGGGGAAAUUUACUUGAUAAAAUCCAACACAUAGAACAGAUAUGUCAUCUUGAAAGGCAAUUUUAAAUAAAAAUACAAUAGAGAACAACAUGCUGAAUAAGUGUUACGGUAUGAUAAUGUUACAUGAUGCAUGAACAACGAAAUGCGAACAUGGCCGGUAUGUUAACGUAACAUAGCUAUUAAGAGUUAUUCAGAUAACUAUAGCAUAAACAACAUGCUAACAUGUUUACCAAACCAUCAGUGUCACUCCAAAACACCAAAAUUUUAUGUGAAAUGACAUAAUAAUGUGUUAAUAAUUUCACACAUAAGUCGCUCCAGAGUAUAAGUCGCACCCCAAGCCAAACUAUGAAAAAAAACUGCGACUUAUAGUCAGAAAAAUCUGGUAUAUUAAAGGAACCUUUAAACCUUUCAAAAUGGAGUCAGUACAAAGUAGGGGCGUGACAAAAUAUCGAAAUGGUGAUGUAUCGUGAUACUUUGUAUCCCAAAAGGUUAUCGAUAUGCUCCUGGCAAGAAUCGAGAUAUCAUUUCUGGGAUCUGGGCUAUUUGCAGGCCAUGACAUUGACUGGAUGAGUCUUUCUCCAAGGAAUGCUUUAACAGUUUUAGCCCUGUGGCAUGCAUUGUCAUCUUGGAAAAUUUCAUAUUUUCAAUUGAAGGGAUAAGAAAGCUGACUAAAAUUUCAAUGUAAACUUGUGCAUUUAUUGAAGAUUUAACCACAGCCAUCUCCCCAGUGCCUUUGCCAGACAUGCAGCCCCAUAUCGUCAAGGACUGAGGGAAUUUUGAUGUCUUCUUCAGGCAAUCAUGUUUGUAAAUCUCACUGGAACGGCACCAAACAAAAGUUCCAGCAUCAUCACCUUGUUCCAUUGAGACGUUAAAUGGCCCAAAAUUACCUAAUUGCCUGGCAUUGACAGCCACUGACAGCCGUAGACGUUCAAUCCGUUCGA